UUUGUUCGCUCUGUUAUUGUUUUCAUCCUUUCCCCCAGCGCAGGUCAAUUUGUCGGACUCCAGGGUCGCAGUUCAAGGCAUCUCUGUCAGGGGAUGUUAGCAGUAGAACAAGGCAGAUAGUGAACUCACUUCUUCCUUCCGUUUAACCCGGAAGCCAAAGUCAAGCGCUCAAUUUUCUAGCCCUAAUCUUCCUCGUUCUUCUGUUGACAUCCCCUGUUAAUAUACAAUGCUUAUAAGGAAAGUGAAAUAUGCAUAAAUAACUGAACAAUUGAAGUUCAAAUUAGAGUUGGAUUCAAAUUGUAUGACACUGAAUGAGAGGCCAGAUUAACACCAUUGUCAGAACAAGCUAGAGUGACAUCUUGACUCAAACAUCUCUUGUCUGCAUGGAUCCCUUCCAAGCAGCAGAUGUUCCCUCAAACCAGGAAGCUGUUGUAAGGUCAUCUGAGCCAAACACUUCCCCCCACGUGGCCCGCGCGAAGAAGCUCUUACACAGAAGAAUGCUGGUUGGUGUCAACGACGGUCGCUUCUUUGCUGGCUCCUUCUACUGCAUUGAUAAGCAAGGAAACAUCAUUCUUCAGGACACUGUUGAGUACCGCAGCACGCGGCGAGACGCUUCUCCUUCUUCUUCCCCUAUGGAGCAGCGAUGCCUCGGCCUCAUUCUCAUCCCUUUCUCGUGCCGCACUUCGUGCCACGUCGACUGCUCCGUUGAAGAACAGUUGUCUCUCAUGUCCUUGUAUGAGGUUAGUUCGAAACCGUGACCACUCGUAAUGCUGCUUCUUUUAGAUUUAAUCGGGUUUGUUCACAUAUAACCGAAUGGGUAAUGAGUCAAUGUUCUGGUCAAUGGGCAUGGAGUCGGUUAGUGUGUUUUACAUAUUUACUUAAAAAAAACAUUUGGGUAGUUUCUCAAAGCACUCAUUGGUAGUUUCUAAUAGAGGUGUGCUGGUUUGUAAUAGGUGUGUGGGUUUGUAAAAGUUGUGCCAGUUUGUUCUCUAUUUAGAAAUUGAGUAUUCAUAGUUUAAUACAUCAAAAAUCGGUUCCUCCAAUUUUUUUUUUAAAAAAAUUAGGUAAUGUAU